CUUCAGCAGUCAGUUAGUGACCCCGAACAUAUUUAUCAAAAUGGCCCUUUGCAUGCAGACCCGCUUCGCUCGCCCGCUGGCUCGCUCGUUGCAGGCGAGCCGAGUCCCCGCGCGUCUGCUCAGCACUCGCGUCUUCGCAGGCAAGGGCUCCUCUGCUGCACCUGCUGAUAAGAACGACUCCGGUGUGCUAGGGCGCCGCGAGCUCGGUCUCGCCUUCGGCGCGGCUGCGGUUUUCAUGAGCACCUCUUCGUCCCCUGCCUCAGCAGCGGACGGCCUGACCACCUCGAAGAGCGGGCUACAGUGGAAGGACGUCGAGGAGGGCACCGGCGCCGCUCCCGUCAAGGGCAGCACCAUCCGCUGCCACUACAACGGCCGCCUCACCAACGGCAAGGUGUUUGACUCCUCUUAUGAGCGCGGCCGCCCCCUGUCCUUCCAGAUCGGUGUGGGCCAGGUUAUCAAGGGCUGGGACAUGGGCAUCCUGGGCGCUGAGGACAUCCCGCCCAUGAAGGAGGGCGGCAAGCGCCUUCUGGUCAUCCCGCCCGAGCUGGGCUACGGGGCCCGCGGCGCCGGCGGCGUCAUUCCGCCCAACGCGGUCCUGGAGUUCGACGUCGAGCUGCUGCCGCGCAAGUAAAUGCUGCCGAGUCCUGGUGUUGAGGGUUUUGCUCAGUCAGCCAGGUCAAGGAUGUGGGGCACUCGAGUUUGCCCACUGUUGUAAUCACGGUACUAUGAUAUGACCUUAUGUUGGACGUAUGUCAUGGUUGAUGUUACUCAGACUUGCGCUGACAGAGCCCACUGUAAGAAUUUUGUGAC